AUGGCGUGUUCUCCAUCUUGCAGCUUCCCUUUCAUUUUUGAUGGUAAAUCCUACUCAUCAUGCACGAAGGAUGGGGCGAUUGAUGAACAGUUGUGGUGCAGCACAACCCCUAACUAUGACAAGGAUGGCCAAUGGAAGCGCUGUUCUCUCCAAGAGUACGGUGGCAACUCUGGAGGCAAGCCCUGCAUUUUCCCCUUCAUCUACAAGAAUCGGACAUUCUACACCUGCACUGAUGAGGAGAAAGGUGUAUUCUGGUGUGCCACCACAAGAAACUAUGACAAGGACCUUGAAUGGAGCUGCUGUGCUGACAUCAGACUAGAUGCCAAUCCCAAAGGCCCAUGUGUCUUUCCUUUCACCUACAACAGUACAUCCUACUCAGCAUGCACAACAGAUGGGAUUUCUAACAAGAAGCCUUGGUGCUCCCUUACCAGCAACUACGACACUGACUUGAAGUGGACUUACUGUGAGCCCUCAGAAAACCCAUUAUGUGUCUUCCCCUUCAUCUACAAGGGCAAGUCCUACAGCACAUGCACUAGUGAAGGCAUGAGUGAUGGGAAACUGUGGUGUGCAAACACCAGUAAUUACGACAUUGAUAAGAAAUGGGUGUACUGUACUGUAACAGAAGCAGCUGCUGAGCCCAAGGACCUUUGUGCCUUUCCUUUCAUGUACAACGGCAAGCUCUAUGACUCCUGCACAACACAUGGAAUGUCCCGGAAGAAGCCCUGGUGCUCUCUCACGGCAGACUAUAAUGCGGACCUGCAAUGGACAUACUGUGAGCCUUCAGGCCCUGACGAGGUUGCAGAAAGUCCACCUUGCAUCUUCCCAUUCAUCUUUAAGAGACAGUUUUACCACAGCUGCACCACAGAUGGGCGGAGAGAUAAGAAGCCAUGGUGUGCCACCACAGGCGACUAUGAUACAGACAAGAAGCGGAAGUUAUGUCCGGAAGAGCCAGGUCCAGAUCUGAAGGUAGAGAGUCCAUCUUGCACCUUCCCUUUCAUCUACAAGGGCAACUCCUACAGCACAUGUACUACAGAGGGCAUGAGUGAUGGGAAACACUGGUGCGCCACCACCAGCAACUAUGACACGGAUAAGAAAUGGAUGUACUGCAAUGUCACAGGGCCAGAUUCAAAGGUAGAGAGUCCAACUUGUGUCUUCCCCUUCAUCUACAAGGGCCUAUCCUACAGCACAUGCACUUCAGAAGGCAUGAGUGAUGGGAAACUCUGGUGUGCCACCACCAGCAACCAUGAUGUGGAUAAGAAAUGGGUGUACUGCAAUGUCACAGGGCCAGACUCAAAUGGAGAGGGUCCUUCAUGUGUAUUUCCAUUCAUUUAUAAUGGCAAGUCCUACAGUGCAUGUACCACUGACGGCAUGAGUGAUGGGAAAUGCUGGUGUGCUACCACCAGCAACUAUGAUUUAGAUAAGAAGUGGAUGUACUGUAAUGACACAGGGCCAAAUCCAGAGGUAGAGAGUCCAACUUGUGUCUUCCCUUUCAUCUACAAGGGCCUAUCCUACAGCACAUGCACUUCAGAAGGCAUGAGUGAUGGGAAACUCUGGUGUGGCACCACGAGCAACUAUGAUGUCGAUAAGAAAUGGGUGUAUUGCAAUGUCACAGGGCCUGAUGAGAGUGUGGAAAGCCCGCCUUGUGUCUUCCCAUUCAUCUACAAGGGCAAGUUUUACCUCAGCUGCACUGCGGAUGGGCGGAGUGAUGGGAGACUCUGGUGUGCCACCACAAGCAGCUAUGAAGCGGACAAGAAAUGGAAGUUCUGCCAGGACUCAGGGCCAGACUCAAAUGGAGAGGGUCCUUCCUGUGUAUUUCCAUUCAUUUACAAUGGCAAGCCCUACAGUGCCUGUACCACUGACGGCAUGAGCAAUGGAAAAUGCUGGUGUGCUACCACCAGCAACUAUGAUUUAGAUAAGAAGUGGAUGUACUGUAAUGACACAGGACCUGACAAGAGCGUGGAAAGUCCACCUUGCACCUUUCCAUUCAUCUUUGAGGGCAAAUUGUAUGUCCACUGCACUGCAAGUGGGCGGAAUGAUGGGAGGUUGUGGUGUUCCACCACCAGCAACUAUGAUGUUGACAAGAAAUGGAAGUUCUGCGAGGAGGACUCAGGUAAGGGCCUGAGGAAGUCAAAAGCUUGGAGAAGAAAACAGACAAGCCUCCAGUAG